ACCUAACCUCGUUAAAUUGACUCAUUCUCACAUUAAAUAAUGUAGUUUCGCGAGGUUAUUUAUCGAUUUUUUAACGAGCAUCGGAGUUUUGUUAUUUUUUGGUGACUCUGUAAAAAGUGCGGCACAGAUGUUAUGCGUUUCAUUGACGAAGAUCAGAAAAUGCGGCGUAUACAAUAUAUGAGCGCGUUUAGCUACAUGCGCGUCAGUUGGCGUCGGUGUAUGCGCAUCGUACACCGUACGGGUGGUGCGGGUAUGAAGAGUCGUAUAAGAAGUGAUCGAUAUAUCUGAUGUCUAAUUCCCGGUUAGAUCGAUCGAAGACAAACGUAUGUCGUCGAUCGAUCAUAAUUCGGCGUCUGGUAAGACCCUUUUCCUAAUCUGAAGAACCCGGAAAGUCCAUUUCUCUGGGAUACAUCGUAGGACUGGUGAACCUAACCUCAAAUUCGGGUCCUAAACUACAGUUACUUUGAGGGGGAAGAAAUUACCUGUAAGAUUACUAUAUAGUGCAACCAAACAGAUCACGAUGACGAACACACUGGUGCAGCAGUUUGUUCAACGGCUGAAGUCGCGGCACGAAGAAGUGCGCACUAAGGCAUCCCGAGAUCUGGCCUUAUAUGUGAAGACAGAGCUGAGGGAGGCGUCGCCAGAGGAGGUGACGGCAUUCAUGGACGAGUUUAACCAUCACAUAGUGGAGAUGGUAUCCGCAUCAGAUGUAAAUGAGAAGAAGGGUGGUAUACUGGCAAUCGUGUGCCUUAUUGAAGCCGAUGUGGGGAAUGUCAACACUAGAACCAUAAGAUUUGCCAAUUACCUCCGUAAUCUGCUGCCAUCGAACGACGUGGGAGUAAUGGAACUGGCUGCAAAGACUGUUGGCAAGCUGGCUUUAGUUUCCGGGACGUUUACCGCGGAAUAUGUAGAGUUUGAGGUAAAGCGAGCGUUUGAAUGGCUCGGUGGCGACAGGCACGAGGGAAAGAGGCAUGCGGCGGUUUUGGUUCUGAGGGAGCUGGCAGUGUCCAUGCCAACGUAUUUCUUUCAGCAGGUCACACCAUUCUUUGAUCUCAUAUUCAAUGCAGUACGUGAUCCUAAACCAAUCAUUCGCGAAGGGGCAGUUGAAGCUUUGAGGGCUGCGUUGGUAGUCACAGCACAGAGGGAGACCGCAAAGCAAAUGCACAAGUCUCAAUGGUAUAAGCAGUGCUACGACGAACUGGUGGCUGGUUUCGAAGAGAGUACGAGUAGGGAAAAAGGAUACAACAAGGAUGAUAGAAUACACGGCUCGCUGUUAGUGCUGAAUGAGUUGCUGCGCUGCAGCAACAUCCAGUGGGAGAGAAACUACGAGUCCCUUAUGGAGCGAUUAAACUGCAACACCAAACAGAACGAAAAUGACGUGCUCUCUCCGAUGCCUCGUCUUAAGGCCAUAGCAUUCUCGAGGAGAUCUGGCUCUUCCCAGAACUGUUCGGGUCAGCGUCACAGCAUGCAUCCUACACACGAAUCCGCUGCCUGUCGCUGUUUGUUGCAAGAACGACUCGAUGACAUCUAUAACGACGUCAUGAAUCAGAGGAUGUCCCGCAACCCCCACAUCCACCAUGCCUUAAUGACUCUGCUGCCUCGACUCGCGGCCUUUAACAGAGAGAAGUUCAACAAAGAUCAUCUAAGGGAAUCCUUGGCCUAUCUCUUGAUGACCCUACGAGGUCGCGAGAAAGACAGACACGCAGCGUUCACCACAGUGGGCCUAAUAGCCGUAGCAGUGGAGGAUGCAAUAAAGCCCUACUUGCCGAAAAUCAUGGAAGUGAUAAAGGGCUCGUUACCUUCCAAGGAAACUCCAUCAAAAAAGCGAGGUUCUCCUCCAGAGCCUGCGGUCUUCAUCUGUAUAACUCUUCUAGGUCAUGCAGUUAAGAGAACUGUGGCUUCGGAUGUGAGAGACCUGCUGGAGUCGAUGCUGGCCACGGGUCUCAGUGCAGUGUUGACAACCUGCCUCCGAGAGCUAGCCCAUGACGUACCCUCAUUGAAGCCCGAUAUCUCUCAGGGCCUGCUACGCAUGCUCUCCCACGUGCUCAUGAAUAAACCUCUGCGCCAUCCUGGAGCUCCAUGGAGUGCAUCGACAGCAGCCACGGGCCAGAUAAUUUCCCAGCCCACCGAAGUGGAUGUACCUUCUACGGUGCUGGCCUUGAGGACCCUGGGCACCUUCAACUUCGACGGGAACCCCUUGCUGCAAUUUGUGAGAAGAUGUGCAGAUCAUUUCCUAACCUCCGAGGAGGCCGAAGUGAGACUCGAGGCUGUCAGGACUUGCUCUAGAUUACUGCGGUUGGCCCUGAACCAACCUGGGCCCACAGUGACGAAUACAGUGUCGACAGUGGUGGGGAAGUUACUAGUGGUGGGAAUAACCGACACGGACCCUGACGUGCGUUUCUGGGUAAUGGCCUCGCUGGACGAGAGCUUCGACAUCCACCUAGCUCAGGCGGAGAGCCUAUCGGCGCUGUUCGUCGCGAUGAACGACGAGAUGUUCGAGAUUCGGGAGCUCGCCAUCCGCACGGUCGGUCGGCUGAGCACACUGAACCCUGCGUACGCGAUGCCUUCCUUGAGGAAGACGUUGAUCCAGUUCCUAACCGAGCUGGAGCACUCUGGUAUGGGCCGGAACAAGGAGCAGGCGGCCAGGAUGCUGGACCACCUGGUGGUGAGUGCCCCAAGACUGAUCAGACCCUACAUGGAACCGAUCUUGAAGGUGCUGGUGCCGAAACUGAAGGAGCCCGAGCCCAACCCGGGGGUCAUUCUAGCGAUCCUGCGGGCGAUCGGGGACCUGGCCGAGGUGAACGGCUCGGAGAUGCACCAGUGGAUGCCGGAGCUCCUGUCGAUCCUCUUGGAAAUGCUCGUGGACGCGAGCUCCCCGGAGAAGAGGGGCGUCGCCCUCUGGGUCCUGGGCCAGCUGGUAGGGUCGACCGGGCACGUGGUGCGCCCCUACACCAAGUAUCCGUCUCUUCUGGACGUGCUGAUCAACUUCCUCAAGACCGAGCAGCAGCCCCUGGUCCGUAGGGAGACCAUCCGGGUGCUGGGCCUCCUGGGAGCCCUGGAUCCCUACAAGCACAAGAUGAACUUGGGGCAGAUCGACUCUCAACUCGACACCUUGACUUCUGUGGCGGAUCCUAGGAGCGAGUCCGAGGCCUCCUCCGCGGUUCCCCAGGAUCUGACCACUAGCGAGAUGCUCGUCAACAUGUCCUCGGCCACCCUGGAGGAAUACUACCCCGCGGUCGCGGUGGCCACCCUCAUGAGAAUCAUCCGGGACCCUACUCUGGCCCAACACCACACGAUGGUCGUCCAGGCGGUGACCUUCAUCUUCAAGAGCCUUGGCAUCAAGUGCGUACCCUACAUCUCCCAGGUGAUGCCGAGCUUCCUGAACGUCUUCCGCACGGCCGACGUCAAGGUCAGGGAGUACCUCUUCCAGCAGCUGGCCGUCCUGAUAGCGAUCGUCAAGCAGCACAUCAGGAACUACCUCGACGACGUCUUCGCCCUGAUCCGGGAGUUCUGGCAAGCCAACAGCCCCCUCCAGGUUACGCUGAUCCUCCUUGUGGAGCACAUCGCGGUGGCUCUUGGGGCAGAGUUCAAGAUCUAUCUUCCUAGGCUCAUGCCCCAAAUCCUCCGGGUGCUGACCCACGAUACCUCCAAGGACCGCUCGGUCACCGUCAAGCUCCUCUACGCCCUGCAGAAGUUCGGCAACAAUCUGGACAACUAUCUCCACCUGGUGCUGCCACCGGUGGUGCGGCUCUUCCACGCGACCGACUGCCCCGUCUUCGUCAAUCGUGUCGCUCUGGAGACGGUUGACCAGCUCGCGGACACCCUCGACUUCACGGACUUCGCCUCGAGGAUCGUCCACCCGCUAGUGCGCACCCUGGAUCGGUGCCCGGAACUCCGGGCUACCGCCAUGGACACCCUCUGCUCCCUGGUCCUCCAGUUGGGAAAGAAGUACCAGGUCUUCAUACCCCUGGUGCAGAAGGUGACGACCAAGCAUAAGAUCGCUUGUCCCAGGUACGACGUCCUCGUGGACAAGAUCCUGACUGAGUCAACCGUCGCCGACGGUGAGUCCGACUACCUGCUGACCAGACAUCGACACACCAGGAACAAGAACCGUGAUAGCUCCUCGUUGACCUCCUCGGACACUACCACGAUCAAGCACCUCCACGUGUCGGCGUCGAACCUCCAGAAGGCCUGGACGGCGACCCGUAGGGUGUCCAAGGACGACUGGCUGGAGUGGCUAAGGAGCCUCUCGAUAGGCCUCCUCAAGGAGUCGCCCUCGCCGGCUUUGAGGUCCUGCUGGGCCCUCGCCCAGACCUACUCCCAGCUCCCCAGGGACCUCUUCAACGCGGCCUUCGUCUCCUGCUGGACCGAGCUCGACGACACUCACAAGGCCGAGCUCGUGCAGACCCUGCAACAGGCGCUGAUGGUCCCGGAUCUGCCCGAAGUCACUCAGACCAUCCUGAACCUCGCUGAGUUCAUGGAGCAUUGCGACCGGGGACCUCUUCCUCUGGAGAACCGACUUUUGGGGGAGAGGGCCAUGCACUGCAGGGCGUAUGCCAAGGCUCUGCAUUACAAGGAAGAGGAGUUCCACCGGCCGGCUAGCCUGGGGAAUUCCAACGUCGUCUUCGAGUCCUUGAUCUCUAUCAACAACAAGCUACAGCAGAAGGAGGCGGCGGAAGGACUCCUGGAGUACGUCAGGAACCAGAGGAACCAGCAGGAUCUUAAGGUCCAGGUCAGGUGGUACGAGAAGUUGCAUAACUGGGACAAGGCGCUGAACUUGUAUGCAGAGAGGUUGGAGAACGACCCUGAAGACGUGGAGUCCACCCUGGGGCAGAUGAGGUGUUUGGAGGCCCUCGGGGAGUGGGGACAGCUGCACGAACUCGCCACUGCGAAAUGGCCGGAGCAGAGCGACGAGACCAAGGGCAGGAUGGCCAGGAUGGCCGCGGCUGCCGCCUGGGGACUCUCCCAGUGGGAGAGCAUGGAGAAAUACGUCGAUCUCAUUCCUAAGGACUCCCAGGAUGGGGCGUUUUAUAGGGCGGUGUUGGCGAUUCACGACGAGCGGUUCGACGUGGCUCAUCAGCUGAUCGACAGCUCGCGCGACCUCCUGGACACCGAGCUGACGGCGAUGGCGGGCGAGAGCUAUCAGAGGGCUUAUAACGCGAUGGUGGAGGUGCAGAAGCUAGCCGAGCUAGAGGAAGUUAUCCAGUACAAAUUAGUGCCCGAGAGGAGGCCGACGAUCCGGUCCAUGUGGUGGGAGAGACUACAGGGAGGCCAGAGGGUCGUCGAGGACUGGCAGAAGAUCAUCCAGGUCCACACCCUGGUGGUCUCGCCGCAGGACGACAUGUACACUUGGCUGAAGUACGCGAGCCUCUGCAGGAAGAGCGGAAGUCUGCGACUUUGCCAUAAGACGUUGGUCAUGCUGCUGGGAGUGGACCCUUCGGAGAACCCUGACCAGCCUCUGCCCACGACUCAUCCCCAGGUGACUUUUGCCUAUUGCAAGCACAUGUGGGUGGCGAACAAACGUGAAGAAGCCUACGGCCAGCUACAGAGGUUCGUCCACGCGUUUCUGCAACCUGCAGCUGCUGCAACUGCAGCCGCGGUUGCUCAGCCAGGACCUGGAACUCUUCCGGUUGGUCAGGACGAUGGAAAACAGCAAGACGCCAGGAAGAGACUGCUGGCUAGGUGUUAUCUGAAACUUGGAGAAUGGCUGGAGUCUCUUCGGGGCAUCAACGAGCACUCCAUUCCUGCUGUGCUCUCCUAUUAUGCGGCAGCAACCGAACAUGACCCUACCUGGUACAAGGCCUGGCAUGCCUUUGCGUACACCAACUUCGAGACGGUCUUGUUCUACAAGCACCAGCAAGGUGAAUCUAGCCAGACAGAAGGUGGUAAUGGAACUGCAGGAGCAAGUGGGGCCAUCGGAACAGUCACCGGAAACAGCAGUCUUUCUGGCACACAAUAUAUCUCUCGAUUCACUGUGCCAGCUGUCGAAGGCUUUUUCAGAUCCAUCAAUCUUUCCCAUGGAAGUUCCCUACAGGAUACUUUGCGUCUCCUGACUCUUUGGUUUGACUAUGGACAAUGGCCUGAAGUGUACGAUGCUAUCGUAGAAGGUAUUGGCCUCAUCGAGAUCAACACAUGGCUACAGGUAAUCCCCCAGCUGAUCGCAAGAAUCGACACUCCCCGUGCGCUUGUCGGCAGAUGCAUUCAUCAUUUACUGAUAGACAUCGGCAAGGCUCAUCCCCAGGCCCUAGUCUAUCCCCUGACAGUGGCUUCGAAGAGUGCCAGCCAUGCCAGGAAGAACGCGGCCAACAAGAUCCUGAAGAACAUGUGCGAACACAGCACCAACCUGGUGCAGCAGGCAAUGAUGGCCAGCGAUGAACUCAUCAGGGUGGCCAUCCUCUGGCAUGAGCUUUGGCACGAAGGCCUCGAAGAGGCCAGUAGGCUCUACUUCGGGGAGAGGAACGUUAAGGGAAUGUUCGACACCCUGGAGCCCCUCCACGCAAUGCUGGAGAGGGGGCCGCAGACCCUGAAGGAGACCUCCUUUAACCAGGCUUACGGCAGGGAUUUGACCGAAGCACAGGAGUGGUGCAAAAGAUACAAGGUGUCGGGCAAUGUCAGAGACCUCAACCAGGCCUGGGAUCUGUAUUACCAUGUGUUCCGGAGGAUUUCCAGACAGCUUCCACAGCUUACCAGCCUGGAGCUCCAAUAUGUCAGUCCGAAACUGCUUCUUUGUAGGGAUUUGGAACUAGCGGUGCCUGGCAGCUAUAGUCCUGGACACCCCGUUGUCAGGAUAGCGAGCAUCCACAGCUCCAUGCAGGUCAUCACGAGCAAACAGAGACCUAGAAAACUCUGCAUAAAAGGGAGUAACGGCAAGGACUACAUGUUCCUGUUGAAGGGCCACGAGGAUCUCAGACAGGACGAGAGGGUCAUGCAACUUUUUGGUCUAGUCAAUACUCUUUUGCUGCACGACCCUGACACCUUCAGGAGAAACCUCACAAUCCAGAGGUACGCAGUAAUUCCCCUGUCAACGAACAGUGGCCUUAUCGGCUGGGUUCCUCAUUGUGAUACUCUACAUACACUCAUCCGAGAUUACAGAGAGAAAAAGAAGAUUUUGCUGAACAUCGAACAUCGCAUCAUGCUUAGAAUGGCACCUGACUAUGAUCAUCUGAUGCUGAUGCAAAAGGUGGAAGUGUUCGAGCAUGCCUUGGAGCACACCCACGGAGAUGACCUGUCACGUCUCCUCUGGCUUAAAUCUCCCUCGAGCGAAGUUUGGUUCGACCGAAGGACUAAUUACACUCGAUCGUUGGCUGUGAUGUCCAUGGUGGGUUACAUCCUUGGACUGGGGGAUCGACACCCAUCGAACCUCAUGUUGGAUCGGCUCAGUGGGAAGAUCUUGCAUAUAGAUUUUGGCGACUGCUUCGAAGUGGCCAUGACGAGGGAAAAGUUUCCUGAGAAGAUACCCUUCAGGCUGACCAGGAUGCUCAUCAACGCAAUGGAAGUGACAGGCAUCGAAGGCACUUACAGGAGGACCUGCGAAUCCGUCAUGUCUGUCUUACGUCGCAAUAAGGACAGUUUGAUGGCAGUGUUGGAGGCUUUUGUUUACGAUCCGUUACUCAAUUGGAGGCUUAUGGAUAGCGCUAUACCCAGAGGAAAGAGGUCCGAUGCUCAGGGGAUAAGUGGAAGCAGCAGCCAGGAACAUGGAGAUACUCUUGAGUCUCUCACUGCAACACUGCCCAAGAAAGGCGUGCCAUGUAGCAUUGAGAAUGGAGUCGGUGAUAACAACCAACCGGAAGCAUUAAACAAGAAGGCCCUUGCGAUCAUAACAAGGGUACGUGACAAGCUAACGGGGCGUGACUUCUCUCACGAAGAAACAUUGACAGUCCAAAGACAAGUCGAUCUCUUGAUCCAGCAAGCCACGAAUAACGAGAAUCUGUGUCAGUGCUACAUCGGAUGGUGCCCAUUCUGGUGAGAGGCAAGUACUUUUAAUCGUGUAACUUGGUACGGUUGCAGAACUCGUCGCCACCGAAGCAGAUUUUCGUUCCUGCUUUUGCAUUUUUAUUAUUAAGUUGUACAUAACAUUCGUCACCGCG